AUGGCUGGGACCCAUCGGAGUCCGAUCCUGAGAGACUCCAGGAGCGGCGACUUGGGCCGUGAAAGCCGGGAUACAGAGCUACGAAGAGGCCGGGGCUCAAAUCGUGAUCGUGGUAGGGGUCGCUAUUAUGAUCGAGGUGGGCGAUCUUCGCAGUCAUCUAAGCAACAUUACGACAACUACAACCGCUCACCACCGCGUGGACCUCGCCUUGGCUCUGACGCAUUACACGCCUCGAAAGAGUUUCCCUCCAACCGAAGCACUCGCCCCUCUCCUGGACCAGCUUCAACGAUCCGGGAUGAUCGAAAAUUAGGUGUCCGUCGAUCAUCAAUUUCCAGGGACUGGGGAGACACAUGGGAUUCGAAUCCUACGGGGAGUUCUCGGACUUCCCUUCGUGAACAUUCGCCAUCUGCUCCGCUGGCAAAGCGCAAGAGAACGCGCAGUCCAUCUCCUCAUAGUCAGCGACCACCGCCACGGCCACGUCCGUUCCAAAAUGGAAAUAGACGCGACCGUAGCCCUCCAUCGGGACCGCGUGGCCGCCUCCCUGGACGUGGCGGAAUUCGCGGUCGAGACCGUUGGGGUAAGGAUCACCGUCGAUCGGAUAACCUGCGAUCUGCUCGUUCACGAUCACCUGCGCGAAGCGGCAAUCACGGCAACUUCAGAGUUUCGCCUGACCAUCGUCCUAGAUCUCCUGUGGAUGAGCAGGGUGAGAAGGGCUCUCGGCCUCGACCUCGACCUCGCUCACUGUCACGACACUCUGCGCGUUCAGCAGGAUCAAAAGAAUCCACUUCUUCAACAUUUCCGCAGGAUGAUAGCAGCGUUCACAAGAGUCGUGCGUAUCAGACUGGCCGCUCUGGUCACGAUCGUCCUCACUCGCCUGGUCACAGCCUACAAGCCUUCAAUGGCAACGACGUGACCAAGCCAAAUGUUGGUCGUGGCGAAUCACAAAAUGGCCCCUUUGAGCAACGACAAUCCUCAUCAAGGCCUCCUCGUGGGUAUACACGGUCGCCUUCACCGGGCCGGAAAUCCUCGAGUUGGUCUCGGUACGGAACCCCUCCUCCUCGGUCACCUAACAAACGGAUUGGUGCAGACGACGAUGGAUGGGGAAACUCCAAAUCUGGAACAGGGUGA